AUGGACGGUAGUAAUGCAUCACUGGAUUCAACAGGGAAACGAAAGUCGUUUCGACGCCUGUGUGUAAGAUUUGCAGAGAAAACAUCUUUACAAGGAGUUGGAUACAUCAACAAUGCCCGGCUAAUAGGUGCUAAGGUCGUUUGGGUGCUUCUAUUAUUAGGGGCCAUAGGAGGCAUGAUCUUCCAUCUUUACUUCCUGUUCGACCAGUACUUCACGUGGCCAGUCAUCACCAAGCUUUCUCUGGGCUUCAAUAACCUAGAAAUGCCUUCGAUCACCAUAUGCAAUACCAAUGCUGUGAAGAGAUCAGAACUAAAUACACUGACUACAAAGCUUCAACAAUAUGUGGCUCAAGUAGACAGAGCUAUUAUGACAAACACAACCACAAAUAACAGAAAAAAACGGUUUUCAAAUUCGAUCUCUGGCGUGAAUGCCAGCGGGUAUGCAGAUUCCAUCGACAGCCCUGCUGAUAACGGAAAACCCCCGAAAAAUAAAUUACAAGAAAUAACUGAAACAUUUCGUAGUCUCUUUAUGGAUAACCCCAGAUCAGAUCGGAUCGACUCCGGACACGGCCUCUCUGACAUGUUACUUUCAUGUUCAUUUGACGGACGAGACUGCGUUGCCUCGAAUUUUACACGGUACCCUACUGCUGAAUAUGGUAACUGUUUCACCCUCCGGGCCGAAAACUUCGUUGCUACCAACUCUGGCCCAGAAUACGGUCUUUCUUUGAUCCUGUAUAUGCAGAAUGAAGAGUAUAUACACGGGAUAACACAAGGGUAUGGAGCUAGAGUCACCAUUCACCAGAAAAACACUAUGCCUUUCCCAGAUGAUAACGGAUUUUACACAUCUACGUCCUUUCAGACAUCGAUUGGGCUCAAAUUGGUUGAUAUCACCCGAUUGCCAGAUCCUUACGGAAAAUGCACUGAUGGUGCGGAUUUCAAAGCGAAGUACAACAUAACAUACAACCGAAAGGCUUGCCUUGUUGUUUGUGAACAAAAUGCCAUCAUUUCGGCUUGUAACUGUUUUGCGGAGACAAAAGACGAGUUGUUUACGCGAGCCAAUAUCUUGGAUUAUCGUCCUUGCAGAUCGACUACGGAAAAGACGUGUCAAGCAAUCGUGGAGGAAAAUUAUAAAACGAAAAUUAUUUCAUGUGCGUGUGAUGAGCCCUGUAGCGAGCAAGUCUUUGUCAAGUCUAUCAGCACCCGCCAAUGGCCAUCAGAGGACUACGCGGUUGCUCUUGAACAAAGUAUCUGCGAGAAACCUCGGUUAGCGGAUGAGUGCACGAAAUUGAGAUCAUUGAACAAACGUCAAUUAAGCUUGAACUUUCUGAAGCUUGAUAUUUAUUACGAGUCCCUCAACUACGAAUUGGUCGAAGAGACACCUGAAAUAGAGGAUGCCCAGUUUGCAUCUGACGUGGGCGGUGCUCUGGGGUUAUGGAUCGGUCUCUCAAUACUCAGUUUAUUCGAACUGGUCCAGCUUUUUGUGGAGUGUUGUGACUACGCCCAUCACAGGUGUACGAAACGAAAUGCAUAUAGAGAGAGACAAGCACAAGCCAAUAGAAGAAACCACAGAGAUCCUUCAAAUCCAAAAACAGGUUUCAAUGGUACCGAUCGUGCAAUGAACCAUGAACAGAGUAGGGGAAAAUAUAACGACGAGAGACAAUAUGGUCUACGUGACAACUAUUCAGAUAUAGGAUCGACACAAUACGGCAUGGACAGGAGGUAUCCCAAUUCUGUUGAUUAUGAAAGAGAACGGGAUGGCAGGUAUCCAGCAUCAUCAUAUGUUUACAGAGGUCAGCGCUCCUGA